AUUGCCAUGAACACCUUCCUGCUCUCCGCUCUGUGCCUCCUCGGGGCCUGGGCUGCCCUAGCAGAUGGGGUCACUGUGCAGGAUGGAGAUUUCUCCUUUUCUCUGGAAUCAGUGAAGAAACUCAAAGACCUCCAGGAGCCAAGGGUUGGGAAAUUCAGGAGACUUGAAUCCAUGCCUGGUAAACCUGUGGCUCCCACCCUCUGUAACAACCAGAAGUUUCCAGAAGAACUCAAGCCUCUCUGCAAGGAGCCCAAUUCCCAGGACAUCCUUCAUAGGCUGGAGGUGAUCGCUGAGGACCCAAGCAUGUGUGAGAUCUGUGCCUACGCUGCCUGUACCGGAUGCUAA